UAAUCUCUUCCUCAAAUAUCAAACAAAAAACUUCUCCCUUCUCACAGCUCCCAAAUGGCGAAGGUUCAUUCUCUAAUAUUACACCGACUACUACAUGUUCUAGUAACGAGUAUAUGACUUCAAAGAGGGAAACAUUCACUAUAUGGAUGAAAUCGCUCGUGAUGCAAGGAAACGGAUGCACUGCCUUUGAUGAAAAUGGCGAACUCGUUUAUCGUAUAGAUAACUACGACGACAAACACAGCAACGAAGUUUAUCUCAUGGAUCUCCGCGGCAAACUUCUUUUUUCUCUAUGUGAGAAGAAAAUGAGCGUUUUUCCAAGUUGGAAUGGCUAUCAAAGCAAUGAUAUUGAUGCCAAGAAGCCAAUUUUUCAAGUGAGAAAAAGUUGUAAAAUAAAUCUUGGAAAUAAAGAUUAUUCUUAUAAAGUAACCAUGGGAUCUGACAGCAAUUGCUACAGGUUAGAGGGUUUGAAUGGUAAAUCAUCAUCACCAGCUUUCAGAAUAAGAGACAACAAUGGAGGAGUUGUGGCAGAGGCAAAGAGAAAGCAGUCAAGUUCAGGAGUAGUUUUUGGAGAUGAUGUGCUUACUUUGGUGGUGGAGCCUCAUGUUGAUCACUCCUUCGUCAUGGCUCUGGUCACUGUUUAUGGCUUAAUUAGACAUCAAAUAUGAUUUUUAGAGCUGUCUCAGAUACAUAUAGUUGUAGAAAACAGUAGAGUAGCAUAGCGAAAUAAAUUUAGUUUGUGCUUUUCAAUAACCAAUUAUUGGGUUUUUGUGAGAAUUCAACACACACACACACACACACACACACACAUAUAUAUAUAUAUAUAUAUAUAUAUAUAGAUUCAGCUAGCUUUUCUCGUAUUUAACUUUCAGUCAUAGUGAUUAAUUACUCAUUCUUGAUGGUCAAUUAGUUAAUUAUCUGC